AUGCAGAGUCAAGAGGGUCUUUCUGGGUCUUCCGACCAUAGAUUAGCUCUCAUACAUGAGAUGAGUGCUCAUAAUUUUGAUUUGAUUCGAUUUGCUUCAUAUAGAACUGCUACCAAAUUGAGAUUCAUACAGAAAAAAGUCAGCUUACAUGCUGUGGAUAUCUGGAAUGUAAUAGAAGCCUUUCGAGAACAAGGUCUGCAUGCCUUAGAGCCAUCUCAAGAGUUGAGUGUUGCUCGCCUGGAAACUUUAUUGUGUUCACUUUACCAUAGUUUAAAUAAAAGAGCUCCUCCUACCCAGCAAGCACAUGUGGAUGUCUGCUCCAGUUUAUUAUUGAAUUGGAUACUGGCUGCAUAUGCAACUGUAGAUAAUGUUGGAAAAAUUCGAGUUUUCUCAAUAAAAGUUGCCCUUGCUACUCUAUGUGCUGGUAAAUUAAUGGAUAAAUUACGCUAUAUUUUCUCCCAGAUAUCUGAUAGUAAUGGUCUGUUAUUGCAAUGGAGGUUCAAUGAGUACCUUCAAGAAGCUUUGGCAUUACCUGCUGCUGUUUAUGAAUCUCCUACAUUCGAGUAUACCGAUUCUCUUGCCAAUUCCAUAUUCAGUCCCAACAUUAAAAUCACUGUCAAUGAUUUUUUGGAUACUAUGAUGUCAGAUCCUGGACCUCCUGCCUUAGUUUGGUUGCCAUUGUUGCAUCGCAUUGCUAAUGUUGAAAAUGUUAUCCAUCCGGUGCAGUGUGAUGCAUGUCAGAGAGAGAAUUUUACUGGAUUUCGUUAUCGAUGUCAAAAAUGUCCCCACUACACCUUGUGCCAAGACUGUUUUUGGAAAGGCCGAACAUCGGCACCUCAUAAUUUGGAGCAUCAAGUUAAGGAAUAUGCUUCUUUCUCUCCUAGUAAAACUAUUGGACAAUCUCUGAGAAAGUCAUUUCGAUGUGUUCCUGAUAAACAAAGAAACAAUCUACCGAGAUUUCCUGAACAACCUGAGAAAACUUUGAAUCUUUCUCACAUUGUACCGCCUUCUCCCAUACCUUCCCAUAAUGGAUUUCCAGAUGGAAAUUUCUCUGCUUUUGAUGGCAUGGGGAGUCUUGAUAGUAGAUCCACAGCACGAAGUUUGGAUAGUGCACGUGAUGAUGAACAUAGACUGAUUGCAAGAUAUGCAGCAAAGUUAGCACAAGAAGCUAGAUCCGGAAUGCCUCGAAGUGGUCAUAGAAAAAGCUCACUUUCUCCAGAUGCGGACCGAGUACCUUCUGAGGCAUGUCUUGGAAUGGAUUCUACAAGGGCGCAACGGGAACUUAUUAGUCAGCUAGAAGCGAAAAAUAGAGAAAUCAUGAGAGAAAUUGCUCGACUUAGACGACAACAAGAAUUAGAAACUGGUGGUCAUGCAGAUAAUCCAGUAUUGAUGAAUGAAUUAAGAGCAUUGAGAAUGAGAAAAGAUGAACUAGAAACUCACUUAACCACCUUGCAAGAUUCAAGGAGACAGCUGAUGAUGCAAUUAGAAGGACUGAUGAAGAUGUUAAAGAAUCACCAAUCAUCUCCAAGAAGCACCCCGAACUCUUCCCCGCGCAGCACGAAAUCUCCCCCGCUCCCGCCGGGUAUCACGCCGACGUCACAAGCCAACCCAAGAAGUGCUCCCCAGACGCCCAUGGGCGCUCCCACGUCCGGCAACACGACGAUGGGCAGUUCGAUGCCGCCGAUGAGUCAGGGCGAGAGGGAGAGGGAUCGUUCACAGCAUAUUCCUCAUCCGCAGAGCAUAGUACCUCCAUUAGUGAUGGCAACUAGAGAGCAACUGAACAGCAUGCCUCAAGAGAGAGGUGAGCGAGAAAGAGCAAUGCAUAUAAACAAUGACUCUCUCUCUGGACUUGGUGGAGAUGUGAGGAACGCCUUCGGCGGUUCCUCGAAUAUCAAUGUUGGUUCCAAUGGUAAUGGUACUCCUGGAUCGAUGGGGAGGUCAUUGAGAAAUGAUCUACUAGUUGCCGCAGAUUCAGUUACGAAUGCCAUGUCAACAUUAGUACGAGAAUUGAAUUCAGGUACCAAUUAA